AGGAUAUCCUCGCCAUCUAGAUCGAAGUCGAAAUCGACGUCGAAACCCAGGAGUGCGGGGAGGAGGAUCAUGCCCAUUCUCAGGCCUACGUCGAGAUAGCGCCCCACGCCGCCGGAACAGGUAGCUUGCAAGCAAUGACGGAGCCAUGCGCUCCGCCCGUCCCUCCCAUCCGCACCCAAUCCUUCACAGGCACCGGCCUAGCAAUCCUUCGCCUCACCUCUCCUCGCUCCCAGGCAACAUUCACACACCUGCGCUCCACCUUCCCGCUCAAACUCCUCCACCCGCGCGGCUCAUCGCACCAGGCUACAGACUAUCUACGCGGCCGCCAUGCGGCAGGGACAGGGGCGGAAGCGGGAGCGAUCGCGGCCUUGUACGUGGCAGGGUACGGUGGCGGACUCGUAUCGGGGGACAACGUGCGGCUAGACCUGGACGUGGGUUCAGGCUGCACAUUGCUCGCAUUGACGCAGGGGAGUACAAAGGUGUUCAAGGUGCGCGUGCCCACCCGGCCCUCCUCUCACCCACACGCAUCCCCACACCUGGCCGCACCCUCUCCACCUCCAAUCUGUCGCCAAUCCUUCCGCUACCUCAUCCGUCCUCACUCCACUCUCCUGCUCCUCCCCGACCCCGUAACACCCUACGCCUCCUCGCGGUACGUCCAAGUGCAGCGAUUCGAUCUCCUCUGCCCGCACAGCUCCUCCCUUGUGGCGUUAGACUGGCUCACGCCGGGCCGCACGGCGAGGGGGGAGCAGUGGGUCUUUGGUUUGUACAGGAGCAGGAAUGAGGUGCGCGUCAAGGGGGAGGUGGUGUUACGGGACGUGGUGGAGUUGAGCAGAGAGCAAGGCGAGGAGGAGGAGGAGGAGGAGGCGGAGGAGGAGGAGCGGGGCCUGGCAAAACGAAUGGCACCGUACAGCGUGUAUGCCACGCUUAUCCUGAUGGGACCAGCGGUGAAGCAGAGUGUGGCGGGGUUGCGCAGGGAGUGGGCGAGGGCUAGACAGAGAGGCACACCUAGCGGCGGCGGCGGCGGGUCCUCCCCGCCGCAGGUUCUGUGGAGCUUAUCGCCGCUUCAUGAGACAAGCGGCUCUCAGGAGGAGGGCACGCCGCCACAACCGCCCGUCGUGGUCAGAAUUGCCGGCCACGAUACGGACUCUGUGCGCGCUUGGAUGAGGGCGAGGCUUGGCGCAGAGUUGGGGGGAGAGAGGAUCGGGUGGGACCUGUGGCGUACGGCGAUGGGGAGCAACGAGGGGUGACGCUGCGCUCAAGAGAUGGAGAGCAGCGCUCUUGGUUGUCUGACGUCAUGAAAUGUAAAGUUGAUAAUGAUACAGUUGAAU